GAUUCUAAGGUGGUAGUGAUGGUUGUCUAUGUGGAUGACAUUAUUAUAUCUGGUAAUGAUACUUUUGGUAUUGCCGAAGUUAAAGCAUAUCUUCAUCAGCAUUUUCAAAUAAAGGAUUUGGGUACCCUCAAGUAUUUUCUUGGUAGUGAGGUUUUGAGAAGCAAGAAAGGUAUUAGCUUGUCUCAAAGGAAAUAUGUCCUUGACCUUCUGAUUGAUACUAGAAUGCUUACUUCCAAACCAACAAAUACUCCUAUGGAUCCUCAUCAAAAACUUGGAUCCGAUGAGGGUGAGGAUUUUUCAGAUGUUCAUCGAUAUAAAAGAUUAUUUGGUAAACUGAUUUAUCUUACAGUCACUUGCCCGUAUAUAUCCUUUGCUGUUGGGGUUAUUAGUCAAUUUAUGCAGUGUCCAAAGAAAAUUCAUUGGGAUGCUGCCUGUCGUGUGUUGCGCUAUCUCAAGAGUGCUCUUGGUAAAGGUCUUAUUUAUCGACCUAAUCGAAAUGCUAAUCUGGUUGGGUUCUCUGAUGUUGUUUGGGCCGGUGCUGAUGGUGAGAGACGAUCUACUUCUGGUUAUUGUACCUUUGUGGGUGGAAACUUGGUUACAUGGAAAAGCAAGAAACAAACCACCUUUGCUCAAUCCAGUGUUGAAGCUGAAUAUCGAGUGAUGGCACAUACUACUGCUGAGUUAAUAUGUGUCAAAUCCUUACUCCAGGAAUUAGGGUUUCCCAUCAAUCAGCCUAUGCAAAUGUUUUGUAAUAAUCAAGCCGCUAUCUAUAUUUUGAUUGUUACCCCUUUUGUUUCUACUACCAAUCAACUUGGUGAUAUGUUUACAAAGGCACUGUUUGGACCUACUUUCCGUUGA